AUGAGCUCAACCGAGUGCUAUGGAGCGCCUCCGAACUACUACUCCGACUGGACGCCCUCCUACUACUCGACAGUGCCGCACUCGUCCUACUCUCCGCUCACCGCUCCUCACACGGCCGCCGAUCUCUGGGCUGCUCAUCCGUCCACCUACGUGUUGGGAACCGUCUCGCCGACUUCGACAACAACGACGUCGUCUUCCGGAAGCGCCGCAAGUGUCAGAUCGUCGGGAAGAUCGAGAUCGAACGCGAGUGGGGGACUGCCGGCCGGAGUCAGUGCGUCGCAGCACAAUACGUACAAAUGGAUGCACACGAAACGGACACAGAGACCUGCAGGUAAUCAGUGAUACGGAGCCGAAGCUUAAGGGCUCACCUAUCACCUGAUUCCAACAGUAUUAUAACUCUGAAUUCUGCCAUCACCUUCUUCUCGUAUUUUCCCGUAGUAAUCGAUCGAUCAUCCACUGUGCCGUGUGUGCCUGGCGCAUGUCACUUUUUGUGUCGCUACCCCUUCCUCCUCCCACUUCUUCCGCGACAAUUCAAAGUCGAGGCGGGGUCUCUUUGUUGUACUCGAUCUUCCUCUUAUUAUGCACAAACAUAUGUUCCUUUUUUGGAAUGGUCUAGUCAUUUGCAUUUCGCAUCAAUCUUUGGGCGCCCCUCCAGUAGAUAGAUAUUAUACAUUCAAAUGAUGAGGAGCAUGGGAAACACACACUAAUCAAUUAAGUUCAGCGCCGAAAAAGAAGGUGAUCGACGAGAACGGCUCGAAUAGAACCAAUUUCACAACACACCAGCUCACGGAGCUCGAGAAGGAAUUCCAUACGGCCAAAUACGUGAAUCGCACCAGAAGGACCGAGAUUGCCGGGAAUCUCAAGCUACAGGAGGCACAGGUACGGUAGUUUGUGCAGCGGGCCGUGACGGUUCUUUUCAGGUCAAGAUCUGGUUCCAAAACCGUCGAAUGAAGGAGAAGAAGCGCGAGAAGGAGAAGGCGUUUCUGGCGCGCAACUCGUGGGAUUCCAACUCGCCGACGUCUUCGUGUGGUGAGGACGCGAAAGGAUUCAACAACACGAAGGCCGCCUCCUAA